AGGAUGGGCUUACCUGCACAAGUAUCAGCCCGAUACCAGUAUUCAGAACCUAUCUUUGGAGUAGUGACUCCUGGAAUUAUCCAAGAUACUUUCCUUCACAUGGCUAUGGAGAAUGAGCAGUAUUUGAGUGAGCUGUGCGAUGAGGCAGGCUGCUUCAAAGACACACAGAUAGUAGAAUUUGUUUUUCUUUUAGCUGGGAAGUGGAAUCUAAGUGAAUCAGCCACCUAUCAAGCAAUAGAGAUAUUUGAAAGAUAUAUGCUCAAAUUUUUAGAAGAGUUCUCUAAUUUGACUCCAGAAAAGGAAGAAGAUAGCAGCUGGGCCUCACUGAAAGUGCAAAUGGAGGACACAUAUAUACUGCGUUUAGUCUCUUGCAUUCAACUUGCCAGCAAGCUUUCGUUUCAUUAUAAAAUUGUUAAUAACAAAAUGGUUCUGAAGUUUCUGAAAUCUUUGGGUUUCUCGUAUACUACAGAAGAAUUAUUAGAAUCAGAACUAGCUAUUUUGAAAGCUCUGCAUUUUCAAGUCAAUGUUCCAGUUCCACUUGCCUAUGUUGAAGUUCUCCUAGAAGUUUUAGGAUACAAUGGCUAUUUACUUCCGACAAAAGAGCUGCAUGAAAUGUGCAAACAUUUAUUGAGUUUAUCAUAUCUAUUGCGGAACAAUAUUUAUGAUACCUUGCUGAAGUCUUCAAUAGAAAACUCCUCGCCAAGUGAACUUCAACUAGCCAAAUUUGUGUCUGUAAAGGAAGACCUUAUGCUACUAGCUGUAGGAGUAAUUGGUGCAAGUUCUUUCCUGCUAAAGCAUGAAGACUGGAAUCAGGUUGUGGACUACCUCAAUAGCACCACAGGCAUCAGUCUUCAGAGCAUUACUGAGGUAGUCUAUGCAAUUCUGAAGCAUAGUCUAGGUAAUACAGUGGAUAGUUGUUAGAAAUCCUUU